CUUUUCUCUUGUCUCCAACAAAAAUACUAUACUUAUUAGUCUGGCUGAAACACAUAUUGUGUACUCGCUUACCGCAGCGGCAGAGGUAUUUUGAAUAAAUAGUAUGAGAACAUGAGUGGGCCCACGUAAAAUAUAUAAACAUCAAUUUUUGCUGUUAGAAACGAAAACGAAUACCUCUCUAGUAUUUACACAGAAACCUUUGCGAUCCUUAUUCUUCAUAAUAAUCAACACAAAAACAUGGACGAUACCUUUUUACAGGACGAAGGACCAAAUUUCGAUAGAGCGACUUUGGAAAUUAAAAGCGAAAACACCUUUCUGGAAUCUCAAAAUGUAAGAGAUGGCAAAGAGACAUCCACUGAAAGAACGUUACCAGGUCCCGGAGUUCCCCUUGCUGGUGUUCCUGGUAUACCUUAUGCUCGGAUUGAUUGUCAUACCUUUUUCUCUGACAGAAAUGAAGUGGUAGAAAAAGCUCUGGCUGAUUGCAAGAGAGAUCUGUUGACCAGUACCGAAGAAGAGGAAUUUGUUGGUGCUUGGUUUUUGACAGAAAUUAGUAUAUGGGAUACAGAAAAAGAAAGAUUGGUCUUGUUAACCAAAGAGUCACUUUACUGGGUCAAGUACGACUUGAUAUCUUUGAAGAUCAUUGAAUACCACAGGAUAUCUUUGACAGACGUUGAUACUCUUGUUGCUGGAGAACUUGUGUACCCACCAACAUCAAUUUUACCACGUCUUAAUGGGUUGGCAGAAGGCGUAUCUACCAUUCUUCAUAAUGCGAUUCGACAGGAGUGGUCAUCCAUCACGUCACUGUCGAGUACAGCUCAUUUCGAGCCUAGGGGUAGAAAUAUGUUUGGAGUGAGACUGAUGUGGAACAAAGGUGAAUCUCUUUCCCUGGAUCAAAGGUGGAAUCCAUUCACGAGAAACAUUCCUUGGCUAACAUUUACAAGCCAUCCUCUUUAUUGGCAUAAAGGAUCUGAUUCCAAUAAAGCGAAAUACGACGUGCAAGCCCUUCACUUAGCACUAAAAAAUCUAUUGUCAACAAGUUGUCAAAUACUAGAUAAUCCAAUAAUUAUUGAAAAUUACGUUGGAAUAGGCUCUUUGGUUCAUAAUCGUACUGGCCUAGGUUUCUUUAAAAUUCGCGGCAAAUUCAGCUUUUAAAUGUACCUUUUGUCCUCCCUCUCUCUAAUUGUCAAAUAUUGCCAAAACUCUGUUUGUACUUUUCAAUAAUUUUCUUAUCAUACGUUAUAAGUUAGGAAUCGAAUUAUUUAUUAUAAUGGCUCUAGAAUAUCAGACUUUGAAAGACGCGCUAAAAGUCUAUGUUUUUUAUCAUCUUAUUAAAGUCGGCGCAGUUGUGGUUCUAUUUCUCUUGUGGAUUCAGAUAAAAGAGUAUUUGGGUUUUUCUUAAAUUUGCGAGAUUCGCUCUCUUUCGCUCUGCCUCUCACGUAUUUACACAUUUUAAUGGAAUUGGCAUGUUAAGAGAUAACUGGUGUCUUAGAUAUUUAGUUACUGUGUGUUGCUGUGUCAGUUCUAUAAAAUGGCAUUAUCAAUGUAGCAUUUAAAAAUACUGUAAGAUUAAUUUAAACAAUACAUCAAUUUAAAAUGA